AUGGCGCCCAGGAGAUUCGCCGCCGAGGACGUGGACCCCAAGCCCCUCGCGGAGCCUCUCAAGUUCGAGUUCUCGGGCAAGACGGCCAAGAACCGGUUCAUGAAGGCGGCCAUGACGGAGCGGCUGUCGACGUGGGACGCGCAGCAGGUCGAGAAGCGCGGGGUGCCGACGCCGGAGCUCGUCAACGUAUACCGGCGGUGGGGCGAGGGCGGGUUCGGCGUCAUCCUGACGGGCAACGUCAUGAUCGACUACGACCAGCUCGAGGCGGCCGGCAACCCCAUCAUCCCGCCCGGCGCGCCGUUCGAGGGCGAGCGCUUCGAGGGGUUCCGCAAGGUCGCCGAGGCGUCCAAGAAGCACGGCAGCCUCGUGCACGCGCAGCUGAGCCACCCGGGCCGCCAGGUCGCCUCCCAGAUCAACCCGCACCCCAUCUCGGCGAGCGACGUGCAGCUCGAGGGUGAUGUCAUGGGCAUGACAUUUGGCAAGCCGCGCGCCAUGGAGAAGGAGGACUUUGAGAAGGUCAUUAAUGGCUUCGCGCACGCCGCCGAGUACCUCUACCGCGCGGGCUUUGACGGAGUCGAGCUCCACGGUGCACACGGCUACCUUCUCGCGCAAUUCCUCGCGCCGAGCACCAACAAGCGCACGGACCAGUACGGCGGGUCGCUGGCCAACCGGGCACGGCUCAUCCUCGAGAUCGCGUCGGCGAUCCGGGCGCGGGUGACGGAUCCGUCGUUCAGCCUGGGCAUCAAGGUCAACAGCGUCGAGUUCCAGGAGGGCGGGUUCACGACGGACGACUGCCGCGAGCUGUGCGCGGCGCUCGAGGCGCACGGGUUCGACUUUGUCGAGCUGUCGGGCGGCACGUACCAGAGUCUGGCGUUCGAGCACAAGCGCGACUCGACGCGCAAGCGCGAGGCCUUCUUCCUCGACUUUGCCGAGAAGAUCAUCCCGGAGCUGCACAAGACAAAGGCCUACGUCACGGGCGGCCUGCGCACGACGGCCGCCAUGGUGCAGGCGCUGCAGACGGUGCACGGCAUCGGGCUGGCGCGCCCCAUUGCCAACGAGUUUGACCUGCCGCAGAAGAUCAUUGAUGGCAAGGUCAAAAGCGCCAUCGACACGCUGCUCGGCGAGGACAACUUCGGCCUCACCAACAUGCUGGCCGGCACGCAGAUGCGCCUCGUGGGCCAGGAUAAGGAGCCGCUGGACCUCACGCAGGACAAGUACAAGGAGGUGUUUGAGAAGUCGAUGGCCAAGUGGUCGGAGAAGAUGGGCAGCAACGCGGACAACUCGGCGUACGGCUACAUUGACAUUGAGGGCACGACGGUGCAGCCAUUUGGCACGCCGUACGCCGCGGCGGCGUAA